CUUUGCCCCAUGACGUCGGUCUUUGUGGUGCAGACCUGGCCGGAGGCUGGGGCUGAUCCUGGCAGCCAUGUUCUCCCUGCCUUCCCUCCCCUCCUGGCUCCCCAGCCUCCCCUCCCUCCAGUGGGGCUCCGGCCUCCUCGACUCUGUCCUUCAAGGCCUCAUCGGGGCCAGUGGAGUCUCGGUCCUGAACAGCCUCCUGAAGGUCUACUUCUUUGUGAACUGUGCCAACAACCCCGAGCGGCGGCUGGAGAAGGAGCGGCUGCAGGCCCAGUGGGCCUCGCUGGAGAUGGUGCACCUGGCCGGGCUGGCCCUGAUCCUGACGGUCCUGGGGGCCCGGGUGGCCGCCCUGGUGGUGCUUGAGUUCUCCCUCCGGGCUGUCUCCACACUGCUCUCCCUGGGCAAGGGCUCCGAGGGGGAGAGGCUGCAGCUGUACUUGCUGAGCCAGCACUCACUGGGCUGCGGGCUGACCUGCGGCCUGAGCUUCCUGCAGGAGGGCGCCCCUCACCGCACCCUGAGCCUGCUGCUGGGCCUCGGGCUGGCCACCCUGCUCAGCGCGGGCGCCCGGCGCCUCUGCUGCCACGCCUGCCAGCUCUACGAGCCGCACCGCGGCCUGCAGCGCUGCGGGGUGUGCCUGGGCCUGCUGGCUGGCGCUCCGCACCUGCCCCGGCUGCUGGCCCGCGCCCUGGCCGUGGCCUUCGCCGUGGGCAACCUGGCGGCCGUGGCCCUCGUCAACCGGGACUUCCCCACCACCUCGGACGCCGUGCGCUUCUGGAUGCCGCUCGUCAUCUGCUACGCCCUGCUGGUCAUCUACAUGCAGGAGGAACAGCGGCAACACCCCGGCCUGCAGAGCCAGGUCCAGACGUUGCUGGUGCGCAUGGGUGGUCUCUUCGUGCUGCUGCUGACCGUGGGCUGCUGGCUGGACCUCCUGGGAGUCCUCCUGUCCCUGCUGGGUGAGCUCUGGUGCCUGGCACGCAGCCGCACUCUGCUGGACCUUUGCCAGAUACAGGAUUUUCCAUCCCAGAGGCCUUCGGGGUCAGCUCCAAGGCAGUCCCAGCCCCAGCCCUCAGCAGCUGCCCAGCCCCAGGACACAGCCCCCUCCUGACCUGCCUUAGCAAGGACUUGAAGUCCGUCUUAGGCCCACCCAGGCUCAUCUGGAGGCCUUGACUCCAGGAUACUGCCCCACAGCAGAGGGGCCAGCCCCACCUGGAGCUCAAGGUGGGCGCUGGGGGCUCCUGCAGGGAGGCGAAGGCUUGGGGCUAGGGACCUCAGAAGGGGGGCACCAGGAAGCCAGUGGGUGAAGCCCUGUUUUUCUCAGGAUGGACAAUGCAUACAGCCCCCUCAGACCCUCCUUCCCCAGGGGGGUUGGGGAAUGGGGAAGAAUUGCAUCCUCAGAAUGGCCCCCCUUUACUGGCCUCCCUCUCCUCCUCCAUGACAACAAUAAAGAUGAUUUUUCUCAA